CAAAUAUUGCAUAUUUUUCGGUUUUAUUUAAGCACAGACCUUUGAUUUUAGUUGAACCCUAUUCUAACUUAAUUCCUGCAUUAUAUUCUUUGAAGAAAGACGUUUUCAGGAGCAUUUCCCACAUUUCCGAAUGGUUUUGUAACAAACUUUAGCUGCAUUAAAUUUCGAAUGUAAGAUGAAACCUAGAAGUGCCUCUAGAUGAAUACUGUUGGACUUGCAACACUCCUCAGAAUGGGUUGUAUAUGUGGAAAAGAGAGCCUUACCAUCAAUAAUAGGAGAUUUUACAUAAGAUCAAGACUUGGAGAGGGUGGAUUUAGUGUUGUAGACCUACUAGAAGAUGCCCGAAACCAUAACUUGUAUGCCAUGAAAAGAAUCACCUGUCACGAUAAGAAUGAUGAAAGAGUUGCCAUGCGAGAAGUGGAAAUAAUGAAAUCAUUUAAAAACAAGAAUCUUGUGCCAUUAGUAGAGUAUUCGAUGAUAACAGUAGGUCAACAUGUACAGUCCCAUGAGCCUAUCACAGAAGUGCUGGUUGUAAUGCCUUUUUAUAGGCGAGGUUCAGUGCAAGACAGAAUAGAGGCGUUAAGUCGUAAAUCAGAUCGGAUGAAAGAAGAGGACAUUUGGUCACUGUUUCUUGGAGUUUGUAAAGCCCUGAAAGCAAUGCAUACACACAGUCCAGCCUAUGCUCAUAGAGAUGUGAAGCCAGGCAACGUAAUGUUAGGUGAUACUGGCGAGGCAGUCCUUAUGGAUUUAGGCUCUGCAGUGAAAGCAAGAGUGGAAAUAAAAUCUAGAUCUGAAGCUAUAGCAUUGCAGGAUGAGGCUGCUGAGAGAUGUUCUAUGUUAUUCCGUCCUCCAGAACUCUUCAAUGUGGAGCCUGGUACCAGCAUAGAUGAACGGACUGAUAUCUGGUCAUUGGGGUGUACACUUUAUGCUAUGGCCUUCCUGGAGUCUCCGUUUGAACAGGCAUACCAAAGAGGAGACAGUAUAGCAUUGGCAGUGAUGUCAGAUCAUAUCAGAAUUCCACAGAAUACUGGAUAUUCCAGCUCAAUAGAAGAAACUAUACGUGAAUGUAUGGUGGUGAAUCCAAUGGAGAGACCAUUUAUUGACCAAAUUUUAAAUAAAGCUCAGACUGUUUGUAACAGAAAUGGUGCGAAUGUGUGACUGACAGAAAUGGUGUGAAUGUGUGACUGACACCAACAAUGGGCAUGUUGUGUAAUCCAGAUUUAAUUGUAUAAAUUAUAUUGCCUGUGAUGUUUUUCAUGAAAAUGUAUGAACUUAUAUUACAGUUGUUGUGAGUAGAAAAUCACCAUUCUAUAUAUAAUGCAAUUGGUUCAGUUUAUUUUUUAGCUCAUCUGAUUUUUUGAAAAAAAAUGAUGAGUUAUUGUCAUCACUUGAGCGGUUGUCGGCGUCGGCGUCGGCGUCUGCGUCGGCGUUGCCUGGUUAAGUUUUAUGUUUAGGUCAGCUUUUCUCCUAAACUAUCAAAGCUAUUGCUUUGAAACUUGCAACACUUGUUCACCAUCAUAAGCUGACCCUGUAUAGCAAGAAACAUAACUCCAUCUUGCUUUUUGCAAGACUUAUGGCCCCUUUUGUACUUAGAAAAUAUCAGAUUUCUUUGUUAAGUUUUAUGUUUAGGUCAACUUUUCUCCUAAACUAUCAAAGCUAUUGCUUUGAAACUUGGAAUACUUGUUCACCAUCAUAAGCAGACCCUGUACAUCAAGAAACAUAACUCCAUCUUGCUUUUUGCAAGAAUUAUUGCCCCUUUUGGACUUAGAAAAUCAGUUUUCUUGGUUAAGUUUUAUGUUUAGGUCAGCUUUUAUCCUAAACUAUCAAAGCUAUUGCUUUAAAACUUGCAACCUUGUUCACCAUCAUAAGCUGACCCUGUACAGCAAGAAACAUAACUCCAUCCUGCUUUUUGCAAGAUUUAUGGCCCCUUUUGGACUUAGAAAAUAUCAGAUUUCUUGGUUAAGUUUUAUGUUUAGGUCAACUUUUUCUCUUAAACUAUCAAAGCUAUUGCUUUGAAACUUGCAACACUUGUUCACCAUCAUAAGCUGACCCUGUACAGCAAGCAACAUAACUCCAUCCUGCUUUUUGCAAUAAUUAUUGCCCCUUUUGGACUUAGAAAAUCAUUUUCUUGGUUGAGUAUUAUGUUUAAGGCAACUUUUCUCAUAAACUAUCAAAGCUAUUGCUUUAAAACUUGCAACAGUUUUUCACAAUCAUAAGUGGACACUGUACAUCAAGAAACAUAACUCUAUCCUGCUUUUUGCAAGAAUGAUGGCCCUUUUUAGACUUAGAAAAUCAUGGGUAGGACAAUAUUUCUAUUAUACAAAAAAAAUCAGAUGAGCGUCAGCACCCGCAAGGCGGUGCUCUUGUUUAUAUGUAGAAAUGAAUAAAUAAGCUUCAUUGAUUUUGUGCUCAUCAAACUUGGUUUGUGGUGUCUUAAGAAUCACUGUCCAGCCCAUCCCUGUGCCCAUCUGUUCCCAUCCAUUCUGAAUAGUUUUCCGUUGAAUAUCUUUGGAACCCGUGCAGAUUUCAUUUUGAAACUUAAUAAUCAUAUUCAGUGAUAUACCUUCCCUAGAAAUUAAGAAAUGUGAAAAAAGUACAAUUAGAAAGGGAACAAUUUUUGUAAGUUAACAAAAGGUUCCAUAUCACUGACCUUUGUUAUAACAAAAUUGUUUCCCCUUUUCAUUUUGAAAAGAACUUGAAAUUGACAUUGCCUUAGAUUGGUUGAAACUUUACACAAAUCUUUAGGAAAAUAAAGCAUGUGUUCAUAUCCAGUUCACUAAGUCUAUUAUUUUGACAAAAUUAUUCCACUUUUCUACUUAGAAAAUAUAGCAAAGUUGUUGUGUUUCAAGAAUAUCCUGAAACCAAAGAAGAUAAUGUAUAGGAACUUUAAAACAGGUUACUAAAAUCAUAAGGCAUGGUCACAUGCCAUGUCCCAUGCUUUGACCUUUCUUCCUUGACAAAAUUAAUUCUGUUUUUGCUUUUACGAAAAUUUUCCGAAAUUGACAUUUUCUUAAAUAAUUCUGAAACCUUUCCAUGUUUAUGUAAACUUUGAUAUUAUACACAUCAAGAUCCAAAAAUCUGCCUUUUAUGUUGAUAAAAUUAUUCCCAUUUUGGUUGUGUGGGUCAUAGAAAAUGUGGCAGGUUUGUUGUUUUUCUUUAAAGCAUUUUGAAACCAGUGAAGUAUUGCACUGGAUCUUGACCCCAGUAAUUUGUCAUGACAAGUGUUAGAACUCAAACUGUGUUUUACAAAAUUGUCUUCCUUUCUGUUUAUAUUUUUAGCUCGACUAUUCGAAGAAUAGUCUAGCUAUUCUACUCACCCUGGCAUCGGCGUCGGCGUCACACCUUGGUUAAGUUUUUGCAUGCAAGUACAUACAGCUAUCAUUUAAAGGCAUAUAGCUUUGAAACUUAUUUAUUCUUUUUCUAGGUCAUUACCAACCUCACUGGGUCAAGUUCCAUAACUCUAACAUGUAUUUUGAGCAAAUUAUGCCCCCUUUUGGACUUAGAAAAUUCUGGUUAAAGUUUUACAUGCAAGUUACUAUCUCCAAAACUAAUGCAGAUAUUGAAUUGAAACUUCACAUGUGUCUUCGGGGUUAUAAAACUAGUUGAUAGCACCAAGUCCCAUAACUCUGACCUUCAUUUUGGCCAAAUUAUGCCCCCUUUUGGACUUAGAAAAUUCUGGUUAGUUUUGCGUGCAAGUACAUACAGCUAUUACUAAAAGGCAUAUAGAUUUAAAACUUAUUUAUUCUUUUUCUAGAUCAAUUACCUACCUCACUGGGUCAAGUCCCAUAACUCUGACAUGUAUUUUUGCCAAAUUAUGCCCCCUUUUGGACUUAGAAAAUCCUGGUUAAAGUUUUACAUGCAAGUAACUAUCUCCAAAACUACUACAGAUAUUAAAUUGAAACUUCACGUGUGUCUUCAGGAUUAUCAAACUAGUUGAUAGCACCAAGUCCUAAAACUCUGACAUGUAUUUUGGGCAAAUUAUGCCCCCUUUUGGACUUAGAAAAUCCUGGUUAAAGUUUUGCGUGCAAGUACAUACAGCUAUUACCAAAAGGCAUAUAGCUUUGAAACUUAUUUAUUCUUUUUCUAGAUCAAUUACCAACCUCACUUGGUCAAGUUCCAUAACUCUUAACAUGUAUUUUGAGCAAAUUAUGCCCCCUUUUGGACUUAGAAAAUUCUGGUUAAAGUUUUACAUGCAAGUUACUAUCCCCAAAACUAAUGCAGAUAUUGAAUUGAAACUUAACAUGUUUCUUCGGGGUUAUAAAACUAGUUGAUAGCACCAAGUCCCAUAACUCUGAUUUGUAUUUUGGUCAAAUUAUGUCCCCUUCCGAACUUAAAACUCUUUUGAUAUUUAACAUUUUGGGUAAUAAUUUCCUGCUUCUGUGACAAUAUUUCGAAUAGUCGAGCUUGGCUGUCUUACGGACAGCUCUUGUUAAUUCUUAAGAGAACACCACUUCAUUGUCACUCGUUAUAACUAAAUAUUUCAGCAAGGACAGUUGAAAUGUUAAAUAACCAUAAUCAUGUUUUGAAUAAUGAAAAGGUUUGUACAUAGGUUGUUUUUUAACUUGUUUCCGCUAAAAGAAUUUUAUGUAACUUAACACAGUGAAAGAUGACCACAGUGAAUGGAAAUGAAUAGCAGAAGAGCCUAAUAGUUACUUGGAUGUAAAUAUUUAUAAAACUAACUCCCAUUUUAUACUUUAUUUUUCAUCUGUUUUAAUCAUUUUUUAAGGAUCUUAAGGAUAACAUGGUGUAAUAGCCAUAUUUCGUAUCUUGUAACUGGAUGGUAAAAUUUAAAUGAUAUUUUGUCACUUUAAAGAUAUUCAAAAUUAAAAAUGUUUCACCGAGAGAUGUUUCAAAUUUAAUCAUUUUUAAGGGGAGAUAAUCGGUAUUGAAGUUAACAUUGAUGCCUAUGGGAAAUAUAUAAUUUCUUUCAUUAUGAGAAUCUGAACUUGAAUUUCGAGAAACUUUUGCGGUAGAAAGCUGCAUUAUAUGAUUCUGAUACAAAUAUCAAAAAGAAAUCUAAAAUUCCCCGUAGGGAAAAAGGAGAAAAUGAUUUUUUCUAGUUUUCAGGGGAGAUAAUUCAUGAAAACCCAAAAUUAUCAGGGGAGGUAAUGUAAAGGAAAUUUUUGAGAACUUCUCUCACUAUAUAUCUUGUCAAUAUGCACCUUAUUUCUAUCGUUUGACAUUUUUAAAGCUUACAUUAUCAAGUUUUAUGUACGCUUUGGGUGAAAUUGUGGCCUAUUACACCAUGGUAUCCUUAAGUCCUCGAAGGGAAUUCCAUGUAACCAAUACAUCUCCCAGACUGAGUAUGACAGGUUCAGGGGACAGUGUUUAAAAUGCUACAGUGGGUUUUAUUUAUUAUUCUAAUACUUUUAAGAUUGUCUGUUAUUAGCUCACCAGAGCACAAGGUGCUCAGGGUGAGCUAUUGUGAUCGCUCACCGUCCAGCGUCCAUCCGUCCACACUUUCCUUUAAACAACAUCUCCUCCUAAACCAACAGGCCAAUUUUGAUGAAACUUCACAGGGAUGUUCCUUGGAUGGUCUUCUUUAAAAAUUGUUCAAAGAAUUGAAUUCCAUGCAGAACUCUGGUUGCCAUGGCAACAGAAAGGAAAAACUUUAAAAAUCUUCUUCUCAAAAACCAGAAGACCUAGAGCUUAGAUAUUUGAUAUGAAGCAUUGCCUAGUGGACCUCUACCAAAUUUGUUCAAAUCAUGACCCCGGGGUCAAAAUUGACCCCGCCCUAGGGGUCAUUUGAUUUUACAUAGGAAAAUCUUAAAAAAUCUUCUUCUCAAAAACCAGAAGCCCUAGAGCUUAGAUAUUUGACAUGUAGCAUUGCCUAGAGGACCUCUACUAAAGUUGUUCAAAUCAUGACCCCGCCCCAGGGGUCACUUGAUUUUACAUAUGAAAAUCUUCAAAAAAUUUCUAAAAAUAAACAGAAGUCCUAGAGCUUAGAUAUUUCACGUGUGGCAUUGCCUAGUGGACCUCUACAAAAUUUGUUCCAAUCAUGACCCCCAGGGUCAAAAUUGACCCCGCCCCAGAGGUCACUUGAUUUUACAUAGGAAAAUCUUCAAUAAAUUUCUAAAAAUAAACCAGAAGGCCUAGAUCUUAGAUAUUUAACGUGUAGCAUUGCCUAGUAGACUUCUACAAAAUUUGUUCAAAUCAUGACCUCCGGAAUCAAAUUGACCCCGCCCAAUGGGGUUACUUGAUUGUACAUAGGAAAAUCUUCAAAAAAUUUCUGAAAAUAAACCAGAAGGCUAAGAUCUUAGAUAUUUGACGAGUAGCAUUGCCUAGUAGACUUCUACAAAAAAAUUACAAAUCUGGACCCCCCAGGGUCAAUUUUACCCAGCCCCAGGGGUUACUUGAUUGUAUAUAGGGAAAUCUUCAUAAAUUUGCUAAAAAUAAACCAGAAGGCCUAGAUCUUAGAUAUUUGAUAUGUUACAUUGCCUAGUAGACUUCUACAAACUUUGUUCCAUUCAUGACCCCCGGGGUAAACUUGGCCCUGCCCCAGGGGUUACUUGAUUGUACAUCAGAAAAUCUUCCAAAAAAUUUCUAAAAAUCACCAGUUUGACAUUUGAAACAUGUAGCUCAUAUUACUCUGGUGAGCGAUCCAGGGUCAUCAUGACCCUCUUGUAUAAACAAAGAAGGAUUUUACCAUGUAUUGUCUUGUCAAUUAGAACAUGUUUCGUAAAAUGACCUACUUUUGACUAUUCCGCCUAAAAAGGAUUCCUGAUUAGUAUCCCUUCCUGGUGUAAUUUGAACGUAUUAGAAUGGAAAUAGCUUUUAGUUUUGUGUGCUUUGUUGGCAAAUAAAACACGGUUUUGAGUUUAGAUGCGUCUUAAUUAAUCAUGAAGGCCGAGCAUUAUCAUUUUUUUCGAACUUUUCCUGGAGUAGGAAUCACUAUUAGCAAUUUCUCUGCUUAUUCCUUGAGGUCGUGGUCCACUUUUUUAUUCUGUUAUACACCAUGCAUGGAAAUGUAGUGUGUGGAAAUCCCUAUUUUCUACAGUUUAUUCAAGCAUUCAUAAAUGAUAUCUUUUUAUGUGUAGAUUUAUUGAAAGGAUGGUGUAUAUUCCGGUGUGAUUGUCUGCAAUCAAUAGAUGACCCUGUUGUUUUAGGGGUUAAAGGUCAAGGCCAGAACAUACUAUAGACAGAAUAUAACACUGUUAGUUUCUUGCAUCAGGCAGACAAAUUUGGUAUACAGACAGCUCAUUUAUUAAUAAUUGACUAACCAUAUGUUCAGUAACAAUCUGAAUACAGUUUCUGUGAAUGAUUUAUGAUUUUGGUUAUCUAAAUGCAUGCAUUAAUUCUGUGUACAGAAACAACUGACCUGAAAUUUUGAAAACUUGUUUAUGUAUCCUUAAAUGAAUUAUUUAUAACACUUUCUACAUGUAGUUUUGGGACCAAGCAGUUAUUAGCUUUUUUAUGAUUUACAUUUUCUUUAUUGUUAUUUAUAUUUUUGUCUUUGGUGCAAUAAUGAAUAAACAAAUAUUUCGUCA